AUGGUGCUCGGCCCCUUCCUUUCAAAAUGGACGGCUCGGAUUCGCGGUGUUCUUGAGAAUAGACGGCCCAGAUUCGUUUGGUGUUCUUGGGGAGCAUGGCGAGCAAUGGGGAGAAUCGUGCAGUCCCUGGCGGAGCUUGUCAAGAUCUGCGGCAGGGCCAAGGACAUCGCCGAGGGGCGGAAGCUCCACGCACGGAUCCGGCAGGGCGAGCACCACGCCAAUCGCUACCUCGCGAAUCUCCUCAUCGAGAUGUACAGCCGGUGCGGCAGCGUGGACGAGGCGCGCAUGGUGUUCGACGGCAUCGCGCCGCCCAAUCGAUUCUCCUGGAACAUCAUCACGCACGCCUACGCGAUCAACGGCGACCUCGAUCGCGCGCACGAGAUGCUGGAGAGCUCGCCCGACAGGGAUCUGGUGUCGUGGAACUCGCUCAUCACGGCCAAUGCCCAGCGAGGCCGCCUGGGGGAAUCGCGCCGCCUCUUCGCGAGCAUGGAGCGCCGGAAUCUCGUGUCGUGGAACGCGCUGUGCGCGGCAUUCAUGGGCACUGGAAGAACCCUAGAGGCUGUGGCGGUGUUUGAGCGAAUGCCUUAUCAGGAUGGGGCGUCGUGGACGACGAUGAUGGUGGGAUUUGCCCAAAAUGGGCAUCUUGGCGAGGCGCGAGCGCUGUUUGAGAUCAUGGGCGAGAGGAAUUCGAUCUCCUGGACGGCGCUCCUCCAGAUCCAUGCGCAGCACAGGAGAGUAGAGGAGUCUAAGCGAAUUUUCGAUGCCAUGCCGGGAAGAACUGUGAUAGCUUGGACAAUUAUGGUCACCGCAUUUGCCCAGUGUGGGCAUUGUCUACAAGCACAAAACCUCUUUCUUGAAAUGCCGGAACAGGACCUCCAAGCUGUGAAUUCCAUGAUCCAGCUCUAUGUCAACACCCAAAACUUGGAACAGGCUAAGAACCUCUUUGAUACAAUGCGAGAUCGCAAUGUGGUCUCCUGGACCGUGAUCUUUGCAGCGUAUGCUCAAAAGGGGCAUUUGCUGCAAGCUCGGAAGCUCUUCGAUUCCAUGCCCGAUCGUAACGUUAUCUCCUGGAACGCGAUGCUGGCGGCAUACGUCCAGAGCGGCGAGUUCCUUGCAGCUCUCGAUCUCUUCAAGGUCAUGGAGCAGGAUGGAUCGUCGCGGCCCAACGAGAUCACAUACGUGAGCGUCCUCACGGCGCAUAGCCACACGGGGCUCGUCAAGGAGAGCGUCCAGCAGUUCCUGUGGAUGAUCCUGGACCGCGGCGUGACCCCAAUCCUGGAGCACUACCACUGCGUGAUCGACGUUCUUGGGCGUGCUGGGAGAAUGGACGCUGCUGAGGAGCUCGUCAACUCCAUGCCCUUCGUCCCCCAGAUCAUCACCUGGACGACGCUCCUAGCGGGUUGCAAGAUCCACCGGGACUCCAAGCGCGCGGCAAGGAUUGAGACAAUCAUACUGGCGCUGGAUCCUGGCUGUGCUCCAAGCUAUGUUCUUCUCUCCAACAUCUAUGGAGGAACCAAGACCGCCACCUUUUGA